AUGUCAUUCAAGGGUUUCAAGAAAUCAAUUGUAAGGGCUCCCCAAAACUUCCGUCAGAAGCUAAACAUGGGAGAGGUCACCCACGAUCCUGUUUAUGAAGAUGCCGAGCGGAGAUUCAAGGAGAUCGAGAUCGAAACCAAAAAGUUGAAUGAUGAGUCAAAGAAAUACUUUAAGGCCAUUAGUGGAAUGUUGGAUGACCAAAUUGAUUUCUCUAAAGCCAUUGAAGAGAUUUAUAAGCCCAUUAGUGGGAAAUUGUCUGAUCCUAAUGCCGCUGUUCCCGAGGACAAUCCAGAUGGUAUCCAAGCAGCGGAACAAUACAGAGCCUUGGUGUCUGAAUUGAAAGAUGAAUUGAAACCGGAUUUGGAAUUGAUUGAAAAGAGAGUUGUUGAACCGGCGCAGGAAUUGUUACAAGUAAUUAACGGGAUCCGUAAAAUGGCAACCAAGCGUGAGCACAAACAAGUUGACUUGGAUAGACACAAGAGGACAUACAAAAAAUUUGAAGAGAAAAAGGAACGAACACCAAAGGAUGAAGAAAAGAUGUAUAAUGCUGAGGCGGAAGUGGAUGUUGCCCAACAAGAAUAUGAUUACUACAAUGACUUGUUGAAGAAUGAAUUGCCUGUGUUGUUUCAAAUGCAGAGCGACUUCAUUAAACCUUUAUUUACCUCCUUCUACUAUAUGCAGCUUAAUAUCUUCUAUACUCUUUAUACGAAAACCCAGGAGAUGAAAAUCCCAUACUUUGAUUUGGAUUCCGACAUUUUAGAAGCUUACAAUUUGAAAAAAGGUGAUAUUGAAGAGAGAACAGAUGCUAUUGGAAUUACCCAUUUUAAGGUUGGCUAUGCUAAGUCAAAGGUUGGUAAACUUCACGCAGCAAGAACUGCAUCGCCAGGAUAUCAGUCACCACAAGCUACUUAUCAGUCACCACAAGCUACCUAUCAAUCACCAACUGAGUACAAGCUGGCUUAUCAAGAUCAAGGUUACCAACCGCAACAAGCUUCUUACCAAUCACCGCCACCGCCAGCUUAUGUUAAUACUCCACCUGCUACCGCCCCUGAAGUAUGUAUUGCCCUAUAUGAUUACACCGCUCAAGCGCAAGGUGAUCUUUCCUUUCCAGCUGGCGCUACCAUCGAGAUAAUCAACAAAGAUGACCCUGGUUGGUGGAUGGGAAAGUACAAUGGUGUAACUGGUUUGUUUCCAUCGAAUUAUAUAAAGACGUAG